CUUGCAUGGGUCCAAAUCUUGAUCUUCAUAGUUAAUCCCAUCCGAAGUUGUGAGGAAACACAAUAAAAACAACCACCAAAUGUCCUUUACUACGUGCAGAUUCAUACCUCCAGUAAUGUAGAUACUACUACUCCUAGACUAUAAAGCAAAGUCACAAGUUAAACCGACAAUAAUAAAAAAGUCGACCCUCUUUAUUUAACAUUACCUACCCGAAAUUGGUUUGACAUUGCGUAUGUUGAGACUAGUCGGAAACGAUCGAUUUUGUCUCGUGCUUUGCGGUACACACGGACAGUUGUCAUGGAUACGGUCUCAAUUUUCUCGAAUAAUCUCGUUUCGGGUUUGUUAUAUGUCACUUUGCUUCAAACACAAUUUUUAAUGGAAAAACAAGCACGGAAUUACGGCCCACUUCCAUUAUUAGAGACAGAACUUUUCAUCAAUGACAUUCCUAUUCGUAAGUGGGUCCAGACAGCAACAACAGACAGAGAUCCCAGACUGAAGGAUAAAAUUACUAGAUAUAAAGACUUGUCACAUUCAAAUAAAACAAAUUAUACUCCUAUGGAAGUUGCAAAAAUUGCAUAUACAUCUACAUUAAAACCUAAUAGAACUAAAUAUGAGGAUGAAGAAAACUGUACAAAACAAAACGAAAUGAUUCCUAAGAAGAGGGAUAUUCAGGUUGACCUAAGGAACGACCCUAACUGGGCUAAAAAUUUAUCAGUUUGGCAGCGUUUAUUUGCACAUCAUACGCUUAGCAGUAUGCGUCAGUCUGUUGCCUAUGUGUGCUGCAAUGCUCCACAAGACAAACUUGAUUUUGUGCUUGAUUCAAUCUAUAGACAUGACGCAGAAGUAUUUCCAGACAUUACUGAUGUGCAUUUACAACCUGAGACACUAGGCCACAAAACAUGGAGAGUACUAAGAAAUACCAAGCAUAUUCCGCCACCUGAAGUUCCAUCACGAGGGCAUCCCAUCAGAUUUGGUGGUACUGGACAGCAUCCUGAUAUCUAUAAUGUUAAAUUGGGAAUACCAGCACCUCAUGUUGCUCAAACAAACGCAGGUUACUCCCGCAGAGAAGAUGGGGCUUUGUAUAAGGUUUGAAGAAGCUGACACAGAAUGGUGAUAAGUUGCUAACUAGUUGCUCAAAUGUAUGUAAUUUGAAAGUGGCAUAAAUUUAUGAUAACAAACAUCUAAUGACUACAGUAUUGUAGACUCCAACCUUCUGGGUUGUUACACCACCUAGUUCAGUAGACAGGUACCAAAUAACAUGGAGUCACAUCACAGGAGGCCAUGAUUUUAAAAACCACCAUCAGGAACCUCAACUCACACAUAUUUAAAAUAUUACACUUCUUAAACAAGAGCAGUAGUUAAGUGACUGAUUUGUGGUUUAUUUAAGGAUUCGUUUUUUCACUGGUGUCUACUGAUAAGAUGGUUCUGAUUGACUGACAGGAGAGAAUGUGUAAGGAAGUAGUUACGGCCUACUUUAAGGUACUAACCCAGCAUUCACCUGGUGAAGAUGAAGAAAACAAUUCUUUCUGAAUUAUGGUUGAGUGCGAACUUCUUGAAAAAUAAUUUCAUCUUUGCACUUGUCCUGUUCUGCCUUUUCUUUACUUAUUAUUAUUACAACCAAAAUAAAUUACAAGAAAAGCUAAGGUAUGAAACUGUGAUCGAAACUUCAGGAGAUGAGGAUAGAAGAAAGAAUUGAGAAGAAUGAAAGUUUUGAUCUCCCCCAGAACACAAAA